UCUCCCUGCCCCCAGGUAUAAGCACUAAGCUCAGGUGAGCUGACUCCUAGCCUCCUGUCCCAGCAGCUGCCAGCAGAUCUCCAGGCAGAUCAUGAACCUUCCACUCCUCUAGGGCCAGCUGUAGGACUACGCAGCUCUCACCAGGACCAGCACACCAGUCGCCAUGGGACAGUGUCGGUCAGCCAAUGCUGAGGAUACACAAGACUUCAGUGAGGUGGAGAGGGCCAUCGAGACCCUCAUCAGGAGCUUCCACCAGUACUCUGUGGAAGGCGGAAAGGAGACGCUGACUCCCUCAGAACUGCAGGCCCUGGUCACCCAGCAGCUGCCCCACCUUAUGCCGAGCAACUAUGGGCUGGAAGAGAAAAUUGCCAACUUGGGCAGCUGUACUGACUCUAAACUGGAGUUUGGGAGUUUCUGGGAGCUGAUUGGAGAAGCAGCCAGGAGCGUGAAGCUGGAGACCCCUGUGCGGAGCAGCUGAGAACCUUUCCCUGGGAUUCUUGGGGGAUGUUGGGGGAAAGGGGACCUUGGAGACUGUGGGCCUAGAAAUUAAACUCUCUGCCAGCACCACACGAUUCCCCUGUCUGUACCUGCCUCACCUCUGCAAGGGCCAGGCCUCAGCAGCCCUUCCCGGGGUCUCUGAGAGCUCCCCAGAGGCCCCCACUGAGGGGGGCAGGUGGGGGCCAGGGAUGGAUUCGGUGAGAGACUGGGGGGACAAGGAUGGUGUAGGGCUGAGUGAUUGGGUUACAGAGGAGGGCAGCGGGGAGCUGGGCUACUGGAAAUGUUCUGAAGCAGGGGGUUAGAGGUUUGGUACUCAGAAGGGCCUCUGAGAACCUGCCCUUCCAGAUCUCUUCCCCAACCCACACGGUAGCUGUCUGUCCAGUGCUACACCUUCCUGCCUCCCGCUCUGCCCCUGGGCAGGAAAAGAGAGAGCAGGCUGAGGAGGGUGUGACUUUGGGGAGGAUCAACAGGGUGCUUGGGCAUUUAAAGAAGGAUGGUUGUUUUGUAUCAUUUGAUGAAUAAAAAAAUGGAAAAAGUGCAA